AUGACGCAGUCUGGCAAAUCGUACCGCGAAAUCGUGGGCCUUGCCCCAUCUACCGCGGCCUUGAACGACUCGGUGCUGAUCAUCAUCGAUGCGCAAAACGAGUAUGUCGUUGGCGAGCUCUUGAUCACCAAUCUCGCCACCUCCCGCCCCGCCAUUGCAGCGCUUGUCGAGCGCUACCGCGCGUCAGGCAACCCAGUGAUCCACAUCCUGCACAAAGUAGCGGAAGGCUACCCCGCGUUUACGCCUGGGACCACGCUCGCUGAGGAGUUUGACGAGCUACGCCCGGUCGCGGGGGAGGUUACGAUUGAGAAGAUCCACCCCGGGGCGUUCACUCAAACGACGCUGAAGCAAGAACUCGAUAAGCUGGGCAGGAACAAAAUCGUGUUGGUGGGGUACAUGGCGCACGCUUGCGUUAGUACGACUGCGCGUGAAGGCUCGCAAGAGGGCUACGACGUGUUUGUGGUGGAAGACGCAAUUGGGGCCAGAGAUAUUCCUGGUGCGACAGCCGAUGUUGUGGUCAAGGUUGUUUGCGCAGAAUUGGCAGAUGUUUUCGGAACGGUGAUAAAGAGUGGAGAUAUUAUUUGA